AUGGAUAAAAAUUUUAUGAUCGAUAAAUAAUUUGGAUGGAACUGGCAUAAAAGUUGGAUUUUACCAUUUAUAAAUAUAAAUAUUGAAUUUAAUGAUUUUCAAUCAAAUAAUUAAUUUAAUGUUUCUGAAAAUUUAUAUGUUUAAUUAUAUGCAGUUGUAGUAUAAAAUGAGAAUAUUAACAAUUUUCAUUUAUUAGAUGUAGGAUUGAAAGGAAAAACAAAAUAAUUUUUAGAAGCAGGUAGUACAAGCUUAACAGGAAUAAAAUUUAAUUCUACAUCUUAUAAUAAUUUUGGAAAGAAAAUACAUCUCGUGAUUUAAUUAUGUGCUUAAAAUUAAAAUGAUAAUUAUUUAAAAAUAAUUGAUUGUUAAAUAUCUCCUCCUAUAUUCGUAGACUCAAGAAAAUUUGCUCGAGAAGAAUAAACUUUAAAAUAAGAUAUUAAAUAUAUUAGUUUAUAUGAAGUUUUUGAACCUGAGAAUUUCGAAAAGUAACUUUUUAUUAGAAAAAAAUGUUAGAAAUAGAAAGUUGAUAAAAAUAUUUAAAAUGAUCUUGAAGGAAUUAUUAAUUACCUAACUGCACCAAACAUAAGAAAUAAAAUUAAAAAUCCACUUUUUCUUGCUUAUAAAUUCUCAAAAUGUAUAUAAUUAUACUUUAAACUAAAUUAUUUUUAAAGCUAUAACGAAAGUAUUAUAUUGCAUAAAAUACUAGAUUUAUUUUAAAAAAUAUAAAAAAAUUAUUAAUUUGGAAGAAAAAUAAAUAAAGAAUAACGCGAACUUGAAAAUAUUUAAAGAUAAAAAGAAUAGAAACCAUUAAUAUUGUAUAUUAAUUGUCAAGAAAAUUUGAAUAUUUAAAAAAAGAUUCUUAAUUCAGUUAAUGAAUUAAUUUAAGAUUAAUGUAUAGAUAUAGUAUUCGAUAAUAAAUUACUUCUUUCUAAUAAUAAUUAUAUACCUUUAUUAGAUAUCAAUUUAAUAAAAAAUGAAUAUGAAUUAUGGUUCAAUUAAAAUAACAGUCAAAUGAGAUAAGAAAAAAAUAUUAAAUAAAACUAAUUAACAUAAUGUAAGAAUUAAUAAUAUUUAACUAAUUUAAGUGAUGUUAAUAAUAAAAAAAAAAAAAAUCAAAUGUUUAAUAAAAAUUAUUCAGAAUUACAAAAUGUAUAUGAUACUUAAAAUAAAAGUUAACCCUUUUUACUCCAAUAAUAAUUGAUAAAUUAAGUGCUUUUGUAAAAAAAUAAUUUAUUUUUUAAUUAAUAGAAUCUAAUGAAUUAAUAUAAUGUUGGUAUAUGA